GAAUUGGGGAGGGGGGGGUGGUUGGGAGCGUUAAGGGGCAGAGGUGAUCACAACAGUAUGAAAAGGGAAGGGGCAAUACUUGUGAAGAUUCCAGAUAGCAUGGCGAGGGGUGGGGUAAGUGGAGGCAAAAGCAGGUGCUCAGUUCAGUUUAUCGGGGAUGAUACCAAGAGCCCAAGAGGUGAAUCUAGUGGAUACGGAGAAGUCCGAUUGAGCGUGAGGAGGCAUUGAAUGAAUUGAGGGGGAAAAGUGGACUCAGAGGAGGGGCGAAAAUCUUAAUUUGAUUGGCAGAGGGAGAUGUGGGAAAGACCAGCGCACAGGUGAUCUCGCCGUCAGCUGCACCCACUGCUGGCCUCAGUAACAGUGGAGAUCUGUAAAUGCUCAUUUUUGCCUCCGGCGGAGAGAGUGACUGAAAGCAUUGCUUCACCCAGAACACUGAAAGACUCCAAAACAAAUACGCAGUAUUUCCUGGAACUGCCUGGCUUAUCGCCGGGCCGAAGUUGAGCUAUCCACACCAGUAGAAAGUGCACAUUCCUGAUGAAGGAGCAGCAAUGUUGCCCAAGGGCAGUCAGACCACAGCCUGCCUUCAAGUUUCUCUUGGCGUCUAACGUGUGCUGUUCAUCAAAAAGUCACCGUUUGCCGCUAAGUAAUAAUUGCUGACUCCGUGUGACAGUAAUGAGGAGCAGUUCAACUUUCCACAAUAAAACAAAACUCUUGCAAGGCUAUAAUAAGUCACAGGAAACCGUCAGGUAGAGGAGGCGUGGUGGACAGACACGGAGCGCAGAUCCCCAGGAAUGCCAAAUCUCAGCCAGUAGGCAACUUGGCAGCGACAAGGUCCACUCGGAAUCCGGAGUCCAGCCGCAGCCCACGAUGUUUCACAGCCUCCAUGUUUGCUGUAUUUUUCUCGCACUGGUCUCGGUACAUGCCCAGAAUGAUGAAACUAAAGGGCAUUCUAGGAGAGGUUUGCAACCCUGGCUUACAGGGAUCAUUGCAGUGGUUGUGUUCCUAUGCCUGUGCCUGAUUGGAUUUAUAGUGAAUAAACUCUGGUGCAAAGAUUCUGAGGUUAGUAAUCGUCUGGAAUCUGCAGCCCCAGAAGCUGAUUAUGUAAACACCAAUGGAACCCAGAUUACAGAAACCCUGACUUUAAAAGAUGUGAGAUCAAGUGAACAUCCAAGUGCCUAUGAAAAUACAUAUGAGAUCAUCAAUGAUGAAUCACCAAAGAUAACUAUAACUGCAAUGUAAUAUUGUUAAUGAAAUAAUGUUUUUCAGAAGAUCUGUUUAAAGUAAUGGGUUAAUUUCAUAUGAUCCAAUGAUGUACAGCACAUUUUCUUCUUUUGUUUCGAAUAUAUAAAUAGAAUAUGUAUUGCAGGGAAAUUUUAAUGCCUAUGAUUUUUUUAAGCUUCACUUUUCAAUCUGAAUGCUUCACAUAUCUGAUAUUUUAUCAGUUCUUUGAAUGUAUCUUUAUGUAAAGAUUUUAUUAUAUUUUAUUCUCUGUGUCGAGAGGUAAGCAGAUGACCUGUUGGAGAUAUGUAGGAUGACUUCAAUACUGUUCAACCUACGCACACUGGCUCUUGCAAAAACAAUCAAGCAUUGAACAGUUAGAGGAGCCAUUGGACCAGGCCUGACCACUGUUGCAAGUAGGCAGUGUGUUCCUAAAUCUCCAUCAGUCCUACUGUGAAACCGGCCACUAGGAGGUGCAAAGACACAGCUCAAAGUGACUUCACUCUUUCUUUGUGAUGAGAUAGAAACCAGCUUUAAAGUAUUUCAGUGUACAAGGUGCUUGUAAUUUAGAAUCAUAUCGGUAAUAAUAAUCUACUUCAAUUUGUAACUGGAAUGAUAGCAAUAAUUUUUUCUGUGCUUUAGUUUUACUCUGAAAAGAUGUUUGCCAGUAACCUUCAUAGUGACUUCAAAUGAGCUGGAAGUAAAUCUGGAAAAAAAUAA